CCACGGUCAAAACUAAGCUUCCGGUAUCUUUCGUUGUUGCAAAACAGCGUUCAUUCACAUGGGUUCUGCGAAGGACACGAACAUUAGUGGCUUCUAACCACAAAUUCUUCAGAAUGAUGAUGGCAGAAGUGCUGCAGGUUCUUCGUGGAGCGGGCAAAGUGGGCUCGGCACUGGUCACCACCCAGGGGGAUCAGUUGAGGCUGAUGGCGUGUAACUCCACCAUGGGCGCUGGGUUCAAGGCUGCCCAGGAUGUAGUGGAGGGACUUGUGGGUACUGUCAUGGGGGGUACUGCCACGCAACAGUCUAUUAAGGAGGAUGUGUUCCCUGAUGCGGAGGGCUGGGAUGAGAUGGAUCCAGACGAGUCAGCCAAGUGGGCUGUCGGCUCUGAGUUUCCCUCCAGCCAGGGGGCCGGGGCGGCAGGCAUGCCCAGUGGCGUGCCUCCUACCCAGGGUCCGGGUCCAGGAGCAGCGGGCUGGCCCAGCCAGAGUACCAGAUCCCUCCACACGUUCUCUGUUCUCCGGUACACGCAGGCCCGCUUUCUACAUGACUCGGGAGUGGUUCGGCUCACUCCAGAGGACAUCAAGAAGGCCCGCGAGGCCAAGCAGGCCCUGGCCAGACCAGCCAAACAGAAGCUCAGUGAUCGUGCCAGAGAGAGGAAGGUUCCUGCCACCAGGAUCAGCAGACUUGUCAACUUUGGGGGGCUGGCCGUGGGUCUGGGGAUUGGUGCCAUUGCAGAGGUCGCCAAGCAGUCAAUGGGAGGCAAGCGAUCUGCGGGGGCCCUGCUGGACUCCCCCCUCCUGUCGGACGCCAACGCUGAGCGGAUCGUCAACACCCUCUGCAAGGUCCGGGGGGCGGCACUCAAACUUGGGCAGAUGCUCAGUAUCCAAGAUAACACCUUUAUCAACCCUCAGUUGCAGAAGAUCUUUGAGAGGGUCAGACAGAGUGCUGACUUCAUGCCUGCGUGGCAGAUGAAUAAAGUGCUUCAGGAGGAUUUGGGGACUGAUUGGAGGGAGAAGCUGCAGUCAUUUGAGGACAAACCCUUCGCUGCGGCCUCCAUAGGCCAGGUGCAUCAUGGGAUUCUGAAGGACGGCAGAGAGAUCGCCAUGAAGAUACAGUACCCAGGAGUGGCAGAGAGCAUCCACAGUGACAUCAACAACCUCAUGUCUGUCCUCAAGAUGAGCGUGGUCGUGCCUGAUGGCUUGUUUGCUGACAGCAGCCUAGAGGUCCUUCAGAGGGAGCUGGCAUGGGAGUGUGACUAUAAAAGGGAGGCUGACAGUGCCAAACAUUUCAGGUCUUUGCUGGAAGACGACCCGUUCUUCCGCGUCCCGGAGGUGGUGGACCAGCUGUGUGGGAGGAGGGUUCUGGCCAUGGACCUGGUGUCUGGGGUUCCCCUGGACAGUUGUGUGGACCUGGACCAGGAUACACGCAACCAGAUCUGCUUCAAAAUCCUGCAGCUGUGUCUGAGGGAGCUGUUUGAGUUCAGGUUCAUGCAGACAGACCCCAACUGGGCGAACUUCUUCUACAAUGCUGAGGAUAACCAGAUCAUUCUGUUGGACUUUGGUGCCUGCAGGGAUUACCCAGAAUCCUUCACAGAUGACUACAUCCAGGUGGUCCAUGCCGCCUCCAUCGGCGACAGGAAAACAGUUCUAGAUAAGUCCAAGGACCUGAAGUUCCUCACAGGGUUUGAGGCAAAGGCCUUCCAGGAAGCCCACGUGGAGGCGGUGAUGAUCCUGGGCGAGGCAUUCGCCUCCUCUGAGCCGUUUGACUUUAGCAUCCAGAGCACGACUCAGCGCAUCCAGAGCCUCAUCCCCGUGAUGCUGCGCCACCGUCUGACCCCGCCCCCGGAGGAGACCUACUCCCUCCACCGCAAGAUGGCGGGCUCCUUCCUCAUCUGCUCCAAGCUGGGCGCCCGCAUUGCUUGCAGGGACAUGUUCCUGGACAUCUAUAACGCCUACUGCCAGAGACGCCAGGAAAGGGACCAACGUCCUGUCCUAGAGGAAUCUGUCCAGGCCUAGAGCUGGCCCAGUUAGUGGCCCAGUCCCACAGGGACCAGUUCCCUAGCUCCAGGACCAAGCCAAGUUUACCUGGACCAGACUUUCUUCAGCCUAGGUCCAGCAAGCCUAAAUCCACACUAAUUCCCCCCCAUCUCAUGUUUAGUGCCUCAAGCACAGGUCCUUACCACUAUAGCCUUAGGCUUAGAUGCCUAUGUCAAGAAUGCCCAGCCCAAGUCCCAAUGCCAGCGUCAGUCAAAGCCCUAGCCAGACGCAUUGGCUUGAACUGUAUAAAACUAUAUAAAAACAUUAUAAUAAUGUUGUGUGGUUAAAUCACUUAAUAUUGGAUUGUUGCCCAUUGUAUCAUGUACAAUGAAGUCAAAAUGCAUUUGUUUUGAUUACAAUAUCAAUUUGGGGUGUUUUUGAUCAUUGUCCAGGCUUACAAAUGUUCUCGAGUUGCACUUGUAUUUGUAUAAACGCUUGUUGACAUUAAAGCAAAAUAAGGUGAUGUUUUAGUCCUUAGUAUGAUCACACGUUGUACAGCAAUUGGGGGGAAAUGAACCAGAGUGGUUUGGAGAAAUCACUUCCAGACCCUAUGAGGGAGCUUUGUAAAUUGCCUUCAUUAUUAAGAGGACUGUUGAUGUUAUAAAGCACCCAAAAUGUUAAACAGCUACAACUGAUGUUUCACUGUGUUAUUCAAUACUUGUAAAGUACGAUGUAUGUUCAUAACCGGGGUUUCUAUCCACCCUAUA